UUAAUCUUACCUUUUAUACUGACUUUUAAAGGACAUGAUUUCAUAGCAGAGGAGUGGUAGUGCUGGCACAGCACACACACAGGCCUUGGAAGGUGGGUUUGGAUAUCUACCCACGGCGGGAGGGUGUAUCUCCACUUCUAAUUCCUUCUCCCUCCCCAAUCUGUAGUCUCAGUCUGUGGAUUGAGUGACCCGAAGUAAAUCCCAGGACUGGCAGUUCUGUCUUUCCUCUGGGCCUGGGAGCUCACCUACCUACAGACAGAAUCUUUCAAGGAUGUUGCCUCAGGUAUCCGGGUCAUCUAUAAACUUCUGCAACCCCCACCUCAAGUACCAUGGAGACAGUGCAUCCUGUUGUGUGAAGCCACUGCAUUCACCUUUCUGCCCUUCACCUAUGUCCACAAAGGUCAAGGAGCCUCACCCAUCAACUGCAGAUUCCAGGGUUGGUCUGGAGCCUGCAGGACCCAGCAAAGCAACACCAGUGCCUUAGGAAGGUGUCGGCCUGUGGCUCUUGUCUGCAAUGCAGGUCCAACCCAGAGACCGGUAAGCAAGACCACUGCUUUGGACUACAAGUUAAAAAAUCCUACACUGAACGUUGGAAAAUGCUGUUCAAGGCUCCUAGGCCUUUUGUGCAUUCAGUAUACGUUGGGUGUAAUAUGGAGAAAAUUUCCCCAAAUGUGUAUUAAAAAUAUGUAAAUGAGCUAUAAAAAUAGUGCUAUUCUCUCCCCACUCCUUGCCAACAUGAUUGCCUUCAUAUGUAGAAAACUGUCACCAUAUAAACGGAUCAUUCCAGAAAAACCCCGACUAUUCAUGGUAGUUUGGAGCCAGUGGUUUUAAGUUUGGAAAUUAACAGCUCCUAUCAUCGAGAGACUUAGAUUUUUAUAACAUUAACUGGAAGCUACAUUUCCGUGUGAAUGGGGUUUUCCUUCGUCUUGUGUCCAUAGGCUAACAUCAUACUUGGAACCUUAAAACCUGAUGCUGUUAGAUUGUCGGUGUCUCAGAAGGUAGAUGGGUGGGGUGGUGGGGGCACUGACUCCUUCAAUCUUGGGGUACCUCGGACGGGAUAACAUUGGUCCACCUGCUCCUACACGUGCUCAGAGCAUGGGAAAGAAGGGCAAAAAUAAAACGGGAGACUGCCAGGACUUAAGAUGUCUGAUCAAAACCACUUCGAUCUCCCAGGAAGGGCCUACCCACUUCCAAGAUGUCCUCCCGCAGCCCUGACGACACUCGGUCGGCUUCAUCAAACCGGGAAAGCCCCAGUGCUCCAAUCAGGGCUCAGUUCCCUCACCCACUGCCCUUCAUUUGCGUCACUUCCGGUGGUGCAGCAGCCCAUUUUGUCAGUCGCCAGUGGAUCCGCGCGCUGGAGAAGUGCAGUUCCCCCUGGAUAGUAACUCGUCAGUUCUCCCUUCGCGCUGCGGGCGCCGUCGAAGAGCACUCACCACAGACAUAGCACGUUCCUCCCCUAUAGUGUAGCUGCUGCUGUUACAUCCGCCUGGAGCUAGUGCGUUGUCUUCCUCUCCCGCUGACAGGCGCCCUCAGGGAGCUGCCGUCAGCGAUGUCAAGCGAGGAAAGCUACCGGGCCAUCCUGCGCUACCUGACGAACGAGUGCGAGCCGUACGCGCCGGGCACCGAGGGCAAUGUCAAGCGUAAAAUCCGCAAGGCGGCCGCCUGCUAUGUGGUGCGCGACGGGACCUUGUACUACCAGCGGCGGCAGCGGCACCGCAAGACCUUCGCGGAGCUGGAAGUGGUGCUGCAGCCCGAGCGGCGCUGGGGGCUCAUCGAGGCGGCGCACCUGGGCCCCGGCGGCACUCACCACACCCAGCAUCAGACCUGGCACGACUUGUCCAAGACGUACUGGUGGCGAGGUAUAUUAAAGCAAGUCAAAGAUUACAUUAAACAGUGUAGCAAAUGCCAGGAGAAACUAGAUCGCUCCCGUCCAAUAUCAGAUACUUCAGAAAUGUUAGAAGAAUUGGGAUUAGACCUUGAAUCUGGAGAAGAAAGUAAUGAAUCAGAGGAUGACCUGAGCAAUUUUACUUCACCUCCAACUACAGCCUCCAAGCGCAAAAAGAAGCCAGUAUCUAAACAUGAACUUGUAUUAGUGGUGAUGAAACGUUCUUCGCCAAAACAUUGUCAGGCUGUCUUAAAACAGCUGAAUGAACAGAGACUCUCCAACCAGUUCUGUGAUGUUACUUUGUUAAUUGAAGGAGAAGAGUACAAAGCUCAUAAAUCUGUUUUGUCAGCUAACAGUGAAUAUUUUCGAGAUCUUUUUAUUGAGAAAGGAGCUGUUUCCAGUCAUGAGGCAGUGGUGGAUCUUUCUGGUUUCUGUAAGGCAAGCUUCCUUCCUUUACUGGAAUUUGCCUAUACUUCUGUGCUAAGUUUUGACUUUUGUAGCAUGGCUGAUGUAGCCAUCUUGGCUCGGCAUCUUUUCAUGUCAGAAGUUUUAGAAAUCUGUGAAAGUGUACAUAAACUAAUGGAAGAGAAGCAGCUAACAGUGUAUAAGAAGGGUGAAGUACAAACAGUUGCAUCUACUCAGGACUUACCAGAACAAAAUGGAGGUACAGCACCUCCUGUGGUUAGCAAUGAAGGAACCACAACAACUUUAUCUGCUGAACUUGGGGAUUGUGAAAUUGUUCUGCUGGUGAAUGGAGACUUGCCAGAAGCUGGGCAGAAUCGAGAGCUAGGACAACAGCCUGAGCCCCAGGUUUCUUCAGAGGCUAAAGCCACUCUGUCACCUCCACCUGUAGGCUGUAUAACUGAUUCCCAACCUGAAAUGGAGUCUGUUGAUUUAGUAACAAAAAACAACCAGACAGAGCUAGAAGCUUUAAACAGCAGAGAAGAUAGCACAGUUUCUAAUAUUUAUCCUAAACUUUCAAAAGAGAAUGUAACUAGUAGCUCUCCAGAAAACAGUGAGAUGGGAAAUGAUACAUCAACUGAGGAUGUCUGUGAUGAAGACAUUCCAGAGCAUAGGCAGAACCUUGGCCCAUCUUUGAACGAUCAGGAAAAUCUGGUUGCAAAGGCAGACCUGGGCCCUGAUGAUGAUACUUACAGAAGCAGGCUUCGACAGCGUUCUAUUGAUGAAGGGGGAUAUAUCCGACUACACAAAGGAAUGGAGAAAAAGCUACAGAAACGGAAAGCCAUUCCCAAGUCAGCAGUUCAACAGGUGGCCCAGAAAUUAGUUCAAAGAGGGAAAAAGAUGAAACAGCCAAAAAGGGAUGCUAAAGAGAAUACUGAAGAAGAAGCAUCUCAUAAAUGUGGGGAAUGUGGAAUGGUUUUUCAGAGAAGAUAUACCCUUAUAAUGCACACACUGAAACAUGAAAGAGCUAGAGAUUACAAAUGUCCAUUGUGUAAAAAACAGUUUCAGUACAGUGCCUCCUUGCGAGCACACCUAAUUCGACAUACCAGAAAAGUUGCGCCCACCUCAUCCGCUUCCAAUUCCACAUCUGCUGAGGCAUCAGGAACACCGGCUGAGAAGGGCAGAACCAAACGAGAAUUUAUAUGUUCCAUAUGUGGAAGGACGUUACCUAAAUUAUAUUCUCUUCGAAUACAUAUGUUAAAGCACACUGGUGUAAAGCCACAUGCAUGCCAGGUCUGUGGAAAGACUUUCAUCUACAAGCAUGGUCUAAAAUUACACCAGAGUCUCCAUCAGUCACAAAAGCAGUUCCAGUGUGAACUAUGUGUUAAGUCAUUUGUUACCAAACGGAGUCUUCAAGAACAUAUGAGUAUUCACACAGGGGAGUCCAAAUACCAUUGCUCAGUUUGUGGAAAGUCUUUUCACAGGGGCUCUGGACUCAGUAAACACCUAAAGAAACACCAGCCAAAGCCUGAGGUUCGAGGCUAUCAUUGUACUCAAUGUGAAAAAAGUUUCUUUGAAGCUAGAGAUCUUCGCCAGCACAUGAACAAACAUCUUGGUGUGAAGCCAUUCCAGUGCCAGUUUUGUGAUAAAUGCUAUAGUUGGAAGAAAGAUUGGUAUUCCCAUGUGAAGUCUCAUUCUGUCACUGAGCCUUACAGGUGUAAUAUAUGUGGCAAAGAAUUUUAUGAAAAAGCCUUGUUCAGAAGGCAUGUGAAGAAAGCUACCCAUGGGAAAAAAGGAAGAGCAAAGCAAAACCUGGAACGGGUGUGUGAACGAUGCGGAAGAAAAUUCACUCAGCUGAGAGAGUAUAGGAGACACAUGAAUAACCAUGAAGGAGUUAAGCCAUUUGAGUGCUUAACAUGUGGAGUAGCUUGGGCUGAUGCCCGAUCCCUAAAACGCCAUGUCAGAACACAUACCGGCGAGCGGCCCUAUGUCUGUCCUGUAUGUAGCGAAGCCUACAUAGAUGCUCGAACGCUCCGUAAACAUAUGACAAAAUUCCACAGAGAUUAUGUGCCUUGCAAAAUUAUGCUGGAAAAAGAUACCCUUCAGUUUCAUAACCAAGGAACUCAAGUGGAGCAUGCUGUGAGCAUCUUAACAGCAGACAUGCAGGAACCCGAAAACAGUGGUCCUCAAGAACUUGAGACUGUGGUAGUGACAGGAGAAACUAUGGAAGCUCUCGAAGCCGUUGCAGCUACUGAAGAGUAUCCAUCUGUAUCUACUCUUUCUGACCAAAGCAUCAUGCAAGUGGUUAAUUAUGUGUUGGCACAGCAGCAAGGACAGAAGCUCUCUGAGGUUGCAGAAGCUAUUCAGACUGUUGAAGUAGAGGUGGCACAUAUUUCGGAAGCAGAAUGAAUAUAGUAAUGGAGAUUGAAAAAGUGCCAUCUCGUAUACUGAACUCACAGAACAUUUGUUUACAGUACUAUGUGACUCUCUGCUGGGAGUUUGUAUGUCAAGACUCUGGGC